AUGCUUGUCAGCCAACCACCAAGGUUAGAGCAUCUCUACGCCACCGUCGGCGCAAAGGGCAAGGUUGUGACGACAGAUUUUUCUUUCAACAAAGAGUAUCAGACGAAGUACGAGCUCAACUUCGCGAAAAUGAUGCAGACCAAUACGGAAAGCAAGAAGUCGCGGACAGUGCGAAGAACAGGUGGUGAAGCAGUUGCGGUGGUGAAGAAAGCCGUCUGGGAAUGGUGGUCCGAUGAAGACGAGUGGGAGCCUUUUCAAGAAGUCGAUGCUCAGCUCCUUGAGAAGGCAUACCUUGCAGCGGAGACGCCUUUCUCUACCAAAAAGCUGAGCUGGAACGAGGGAUAUGACAGCCUCUACAUCUUCGACUUCACUGUUAUGACACAGGUCAACUGUGACAGCAAGACAUCCAGGAAAAUCCAGCGCACAGCUGCUGGUGGAUCUAAGCUGUUUGGUCACAAAGAUGGAGAAGAUGAUGGCUAUGCAGGGGCUGUAGGCUUCCUGUCCGACAAGAUCGGGGACAGCAAAGUCAUGUUUGCCGGAAAGUUCGAGCCCAGCCUGCCGGCUGCCGUCGUGACAGCACAGAAGAAGCUCGGGGCGCAGUCGCUCCGCAAGCAGAAGAAGGACUAUGGCCCCAUUGUUUCCAAAGACGAACAUGGGAGGAAAUGCUUCGAUGAGAUGCUACAGAAUGAGAAGGAGUUCUGCGGUGAGUGGGUGGUGUUUUACCACAGCUACUCCAGCGCUGCGCUGCUUUACGAAGUUCAAGCUGCCGUGGCAUCGGUCCUCUUCCGUUUUAAAGCUGAGUUUGCCUCGCUUCCUCGGUUGCUCUGUGCGCCAUUCCACCAUAUACCGACAGCCAAGAGAAUGCUGGAAGAGUUCCCGACAUGGAAGGACCAGGACCACAACCAGGCCUUUCGACUUGUCGGGCUAUGUGGAACCUCAUCACUUCUUGCACAUGACUCGGAGGCGCCAGCCAAGUCCGUCUUCCUGGCUGGAUACAGCGUCGGCCCUCUGAAGGGCGUGCUGGAGAAACUGCUGACAAGCUGCGGUGUCCCUUCGGCCAAGAUCAAGAAACUGGCCGCUGACAUCAUCGCACUUGCAGUGAAGUCCGGUCUCGACUGCAGUGGCAUACCUGGUGGCAAGAAAUGCAAGUCAGGACGAUCGGGCCACAUGUUGCAGAUCUUCCUGAGGAGAGAGCUUUGUGACGAGUAUGUCUAUCCAUCCUUUCCAUUUGGAGUGCCUGACAAGAAGCGGAUGAAGCCAUCGCUGAGCAAGUACUUGACCGAGGACGUCAAAAUCGAAGGUCAAGUUCGCAUCACUUUGAAUCCGGAUGUUUUCUUAAGAGCCACCACGGCGAGGAUGUUUACCUUUCCGGCGGAUCCGACAUUUCACAAGAAUCGGCCCGACUUCCAAGACAAGUUGAAGUCGCUCCUUGAGCCUAUCCUUGGGACGGAAGCAGUCCGCGUCAAAGCAGCCAAAGGCAUCUUUGGAGGCGACCCACCAGAUUGGUGGUCUUCGGAGGAUCAAAGUGACAUGGCCAAAAUGUCGAAAGGCCGUUAUGCAUCCUCAUCCUUAGACUGA